GCGCUUCAGAGCAAAGCCGAAGACUAAGCGAAAACUCUCUCUCUCUCUCUCUAUCACUUAAACAAAGAUGAUCUGAUAAUAAUUCUAAAAGCGAAGUAACCAUAUUUUUAAACGAAAAGAAAGUAUUCACUAUUUUUGUUUUGUUUUGUAUAGAUCUGUCGUCCCCUCCUCCUGCUGGGGGUAUUGCGCGGUUGAUGAUGGGAUUUUGCAUAUGUCAGUUGGAGUCUCCGGCGAGAUUACUGUGGAGUACAAGCUUCUUCCGCCAUAAGAUCAUCAUCUUUUAAUCCAUAAUCCUCCUUCUCUCUCUUUUCCUUUCGCCUAGCUUCAUCCAUCUUUCUCUUGCUUUGCUUUGCUUUCAACCCGAUCCUCUCUCUCUCUGUUUCAAAACUUCCUUUUUUUAAUUAAUCGAUGGAAUCCAAUUCGUUUUUCUUCGAUCCGUCUGCCUCUCAUGGCAACAUCUUCUUCCUUGGUAAUCUUAACCCCGUCCUCCAAGGAUCGAUGAUGAACAUGGAGGAAUCAUCAAAGAGAAGACCCUUCUUUUGCUCGCCCGAGGAUCUUUACGACGAGGACUAUUACGACGAGCAGAUGCCUGACAAAAAGCGUCGCCUUACACUUGAACAGGUGCAUCUGCUGGAGAAAAGCUUUGAGACGGAGAACAAGUUGGAGCCAGAGCGUAAGACUCAGCUUGCCAAGAAGCUCGGUCUUCAGCCUAGGCAAGUCUCCGUCUGGUUUCAGAACCGCCGUGCUCGUUGGAAGACAAAGCAGCUCGAAAGAGACUUCAAUCUUCUCAAGUCCUCUUACGACCAACUCCUCUCUAACUACGACUCCAUCCUCAAGGACAACCAAUCCCUCAGAUCCGAGGUGUCUUCCCUCGCCGAGAAGGUCCAAACCAAAGAAGAGACAGCUCCGGUUCAAGUUCCCGAAUCAAACCAGCUCGAACCGGCAAUCAAAACAGAGGAACGGUUAAGUUCAGGGAGUGUUGGGAGUGCGGUACUAGACGAAAACGCACCUCAACUACUAGACAGCUGCGACUCUUACUUCCCCAGCAUCGUACCAGUUCACCACUUGCAGGAAGAUAACAAUAACAACAACAACGGCAGUAGUGAUAAUGACCGGAGCUGUUUCGCUGACGUCUUUGUGCAAGGUGGUGAAUCAUUUGGAUACUGGGGCUGGACUUGAAAUUUCAUUACUAAUCCCUCUAUUUAUAAUGUUUAUGUGCCUAUGUUUGUAUCAAAUUACUGUCAUGUUGACGUAACCCUGCAUAAUUUGUUGUGUAAUUCCGCAAUUCCACACGGUAUUUAUAUGUGUUUUUAUAAAGUCAGAGAGAAGAUUUAUAAAGAAUCGAAGUUUGCAUUAUAACAUCAGUUAAUGUCUUUUUUUUUUUUUGAACAAAUCAUCAGUUAAUGU